AUGUCCACGUCUGCUGCUCCCGUCGGCGCUGGAGGAGGUGCCCAGCACCCGCACGGCCAUCUUCCGCCCCAGUCCAUGAUCAAUUUCCAACACGAAGACGGAGACGAUGAUGAGGGCGACGAUGAUGACGAGGGCCCGUCCAAAAAGGCCGCUGACAAAAAAUCUGGCCGCAGAAAGAUCAAGAUCGAGUUUAUCAACGACAAGUCGAGGAGACACAUUACAUUCUCAAAGCGCAAGGCUGGAAUUAUGAAAAAGGCAUAUGAGCUCUCUACGCUCACGGGUACUCAAGUCCUCUUGCUCGUCGUCUCAGAGACUGGUCUCGUCUAUACCUUUACCACGGCCAAACUGCAGCCUUUGGUCACACAGCCAGAGGGCAAGAACCUCAUCCAAGCUUGUCUCAACGCCCCCGCAGGUCAGAUCCCUACGGGUGCACCGCUCGGACAGGCAGGAAGUAGCGUUCAUCAAGCAAAUAUUCACAACCAGCCACAGGUCCCGCAGUCGUCCGGUGGGCCCGUUCCAGUUACACAUCCAGCUUCUGGCGUCGCUCAGGGCAUGCCCCCGCCAACGGCAAUGCCUCCGCCUACACGCAACAUUCCAGGUGGUAUCAAUAUUGGUGGCAACAAACGCGAUGACGACAUGGAAGACGAUGAUGAAGAAGAACCCGCGAGCCCCUCCGACGACGCGACGUCGCCCAUGGUCGAUCUCGGGCCCGGGGGCUUGCAACGCCAUACGUCUCAUCAUGGUGCACCCGGUCAACCUCGUCCUACUGCCGCUACGAACCAUUCCGCUAGAGGAGCGCAUCAUGGUGUCCAUCCAUACGGUGGAGGUGCUCGUGAUGCCGGUCACAGACGUCGAACGAGCAGUAACACCAAUGCCGCCUCUGCUGGUGGCGUCGGUGGUCCCGGACGUGUGACGAGUCCACGACUUGCAAUGCAGCGACAGGCGAGUGGGUUGAGCGACAACAAUGGUGGACUAGAGACCCAGAGCCCGACGACAAUGCAUUACGCGCCUCAUGCACACGACCCUCAGGCUGCGCUGUACUAUGGUCAACAAGGAUAUCCCCCUCAACAGCAACAACCCGGUCCGCCACAAGGUGCGCCGCCAGGCAGUUGGGGACAGGCGCCUCCAGGUGUCCAUCAGCAUCGCAGGUGA